GGAUGUUUCUUUAUUAGCCCCGAAUGUUAAUAAAAAAUAACAAAAAGAUUUGGCACACAAGUGGUUAACACCUCCAGGUCGCACGUGACGUCAUUCACCCAAAACAGCGGAGUCAGACUGGCCGCAGGCGCACGUAACAGCAAGCUGCUGUCUGAGAGUGUUUCUAUGUCUACAAAUUUCGCUGCGUCACUCUUCUGGGCUAAACCCAGCGCCGCCGCUCCCAUAACGCGCAUCUGCCGUGUUACGCGCUGACACAUCCGCGCACACAGGUGAGCACACUCUCACUAGCACCCCCCCCCCCCCCCGUCAACAACUCUUCCCGGAGCAAAAAAAAAGAAAAAGUGUGGGGGAUUGGGGGUGCGUGAACCCGGUCGGGAUGUAGAAGGGGGUGCGUGGCCUAAAAAGUUUGGGAACCCCUGUGCUAAGCUAAGCUAUAGUCUGCUAGUUGUGGCUUAAUAUUGAGCGUACAGAUAUGAGAGUCUCAUCUAACGCUCAGCAAGAAAGCAAACAGGCAUAGUUCUUUAUGUGGUGGGAAAUGUGUCAUUAGUGUUCUUCUUAAUGUAACUGUGCUACUGAACUCUGAGAGCAGAGUUCAGCUCAUCUUGCGAGGGACAAUAGCCGGUUGUUUUGUCUCUCUCUCUCUCUGUCUCUGUCUCUGUCUCUCUCUCUCUGUCUCUAUCACCUCUUAGGAAUGCGCCACAACACCAUCUGGGAACCAGACAGAACCUGUUCAACAGACGCCGUGGCAAGGAGGAAUUAGCAAGAGGAGGAGGGUUGGGGGGCAAAGACUUCAUUAAUAAUAUGAAUGUAUAAUACAAUAACUUUUCUGGGUCAGACCUCCUAACCCUUCGUGGGGUGGAGUCCUGGUCAUUCAAUUGAAUUAUUUCAAGUUCCUGUUUCUGAUUUUUCUACAUCACACUUGUUUUCUCGAAGGGAAAUUGCAAAGGUUCAUCUCCAUUACAUUGGCGACGAGGAUGGGGUUGGACGUGUGAUCAGGACUUCAUUUGACUACAGAUGUUUAAAGAGAAUAGUUGAUUCCUCCUGGAAGCCGAGCAGACAGUAGAGGACACGCACAGAACAACAGAUGAGCUCGCCCCGGGCCACGGCCACUGGGACGCUGCACUCAGGAGAAAACGCUCAAAGUCCGUCUGCAGGACCAGAGGAACAAGCUGGGGUCAAACCGUUUCUUCCUAUCCAUGCCUCAUAAGGACAUGAUUAUUUCUUUCUCAAUGAAUCACCAAAACCAGGCCACAGCAUGAAAAGCUGGAGCAGUAAAUUCAAGAGACAAGACCCUGGCAGUGUGGUUGAGUCCUCCUCUAGCCAGAGCAACUCCAUUAGUGGCCCAGCAGGGCCUGUGUGGGUUACUCACACACCCACACCAGAUGAUGUCACAGAUGAUGUGGAUACUAGCUCCACAGGCCGGACCUCCAGCACUCCACCGUACGCUGAGAAGGCGGACAAUAACGUUAACAUGAAGGACAAACUGAAAUCCUUCAUCCCUCGGUCAUGGGGAGGCAUCAUGGAUAAGUGGACAAAGGAAAGUGACAGUGUUAAUGACUCUGACGCCAGCACCAGUAAGAUCCAGAUCCUUCCCAACGGGAGCAGAGUGAGUCCUCCUGUAAGUCCCCUGCUGGAGCGCAGGGACGGGAGUGAAUCCCUUGGCAACUCUCACAGGCCUUUGCUAAGGGAGAGCCCCUCUGGUGGUCUCUUGUAUCAGAGCCCACAAGAGGAAUCUCUCCUGACCAGUAUCCACCCUGCAGAGUACUACGCUGAGAAGCUGGAGGUCUACAACCUGAAGUACUCUUAUUUAAAAUCCUGGCCAGGGUUGCUCAGACUUCUUGCGGGAUUUCAGCUCCUUUUUGGAGGCAUGGUGUUUGCCUGCAUCAUCGCGUACAUCCAGAAAGACAGCGAGUGGUCCAACAGCUACGGACUCUAUAACGGUGCAUAUAACAAUGGGCUAGGCAUGUCUGGAUACAGCUACAGAGGCCCCAUGACGGCCUUUGUACUGGCUAUAGCCGGAGUCUCCUGGAUUAUAACCCUCAUCCUUUUAAUGGUGGGAAUGACGAUGUAUUAUCGCACUAUCCUCCUCGACGCGCCCUGGUGGCCUCUGACGGAGGCCUUCAUCAACGUGGCGCUGUUUCUAUUCUACAUGGCGGCCGGGAUUGUUUACCUGAACGACUUGAACCGCGGGGGGCUGUGCUACACGACUAUAGGCGUCAACCCCAUCAUGGCCAAUCUGUGCCGGGUUGAUGGGGGACAGAUGGCGGGAACGGCGUUCAUCUUCAUCAACAUGGCAAUGUAUCUGGGAAGCUUCCUGGUGUGUCUGAAGAUGUGGAGGCACGAGGCUGCACGAAGGGAGAAAGAGUACUCUGAGAACCAGCCCCAGGAGGAGUUUCACCAGUCCAUCCCAUUAACCACUCAAAAAACAAAGCGCAUAUCAUUCAAGGAUGAAAAGGAUAUGUCUCUCAGUAAAGAUGAUCUCCAUCAAAAGGCCCUCAUCUCUGAGGUGCAGAAGAACCCAGUCAGAGUGAACAGAGCCACAGUGUCUGAAUACACCCCAAAAGUACACGUUAUCGCAGACUACAUCAUAAAGUAUCCAGGGAUCAGCUGUGUGGAAGAAAAGGAAAAAUACAAAGCAGUUUUUAAUGACCAGUACCAGGAAUACAAGGACCUUCACAGAGACAUCAGCACCACCCUCGAUAAGUUCAGACAGCUGGAUGCCAUGAUGGCACGACUCCUCAGAGAUGGAAAAAGCCAAGAGGAUCAGCAGAGGAUUCAGAGCAUUUUGAAGAAGUAUCAGUGGAAAAAAAGUGACCACGGCUUCCUCGAGAAAAAGGAACGCUGUGACUAUUUAAAAGCUAAAUUAAGCCACAUCAAAAACAAAAUACGCACUUUUGACCAGGAAGCCAUGGAAGAUGGUCGGACCAUGGAUGAGCCUCGGUACUACGAUAGCCCCCCUGUGUACAGCCCGCCUUACAGCACCAACUCCCAAAGCUUCUAUCCCCCCAGGAGCAUCCACUCUCCCCGGAGCCAGCAUGUGGCCCACACCUACAACGCCCCCCCUGACUCCAACUACAAUGAAGAGAAGCCUCAACACUUCUUCCGCUGGUUUUCUCCUCCUGGUUUCGUCAAAACCUUGCAAGGAGUAACAGUUCUCAUGUGUUUUCUCAUCUUCGCCUGCGUGGCUUCGACCCUGGGGUGGGACAUGAAUGGGUUUGGCUACGGGGGCUACGGUGUCGGGGCUACAGGGGCGGGUGCAGGCACGGGGUCGGGAUAUUAUGGAGGUAGCUACGGCUAUGGUGGUUCUUACAUGACGCCACAAUCUGCCAAGUCGGCGAUGAUUUCCAUGGCGGCAAUAAACUUCCUGGUUUCUCUGGGUUUCCUGGUGGCGAGUUUCUCGCGGUCUCGGAUCAUGAGGGGGUGCCGGUUCUACCUCACUGUGUUCAUUUGUGAUAUCAUCUUAGCUGUCCUUCAGGGCAUCAUCGACAUCAUCUUCGUGAUCGGGGUGAACCCGAUGUCGCAGAGCUCUCAGAGUAUGCUGUACAAUCCCAUGCUGAUGAUGUGCCAGAACAUCCAGGGCAGCCCCAGCCUCAGCGGCAGCGUGGGGGCCGGCUUUCCAGGGGGGUUCCCCAUGUACAAUCAAUACCUACAUCACUACUGCUACAUGGACCCCGAGGAGACUGUUGCGUUGGUGUUGGGUCUGAUGGUGGUGUUGGCCCUGAGCCUGUCUGCUUACUACGCCUACAAGACCCGCAGCAAGAUUUGGCAUCACGGCAAAGCUCACAUCUACUGGGACGAGCCACUGGUCAGGUCGUCAGAGUGCCGGGAUGUGCAGGAUUGGGUGAACCUUGUUGGAGAGGUGCGCAGCACCCAGCAGGCACCGACUGAGAGAGCAGCACCUGACCUGAGGGCGGGGAACAGUGUGGUCUCCUACGGCAACGGAACAGUCAGCAUCCACAGUGAGGGGAACUGUAAAAGCAAAAGUUUCCCUGCCAACAGUAACCAUCGGGCCGCAGAUCCUUUGUACCAGAACAGCAGGGUCCCGGUGUGCUGCAGCAGCUCCUCAGAGGACGCUGACAGCAUCCGGAAACCUCCUCCUGACCAUGUGGAGAAGGGACAGAGAAAAGGCAGAGGGCCCCGGCCGGCUGCUCGGGAGAAGAUGGAGUCCCCGUAUGAAACUGGUUACACCACCGGAGACACUGCCAAUGAGCUGGACGGGGAGCACACAGAUUACCUCUACAGGCUGUACCCAGAGAUAACUUCAGACGAGCAGCGCCGGCAGUACAAGAAGGAGUUUGACUCCGAUCUGGCCUGCUACAAGAGCCUCUGUGCCGAGAUGGAUGACAUCAGCGACCAGAUGCACAAACUGAGCCGAGAACUGGACAUGUUGGACGAGGACUCCAUGAAGUACCAGGGUGUGGCAGACGAGCAUAACCGACUGAAAGUACUGAAACGGACGUCAGAUUACCAAGCAAAGAAGAAGCAGUGCAAAGAGCUUCGGAAAAAACUUUUCCACAUCAAACGUCUGGUGAAAAUCUUUGACCACGGUCUUUGUUAGUGUCUUUAAAAUCUGUCCUAACAGCUGAGGAAGAACACCGACAGGGUUUGACCUGAGAAAAGGAUUUAUCCUCCACUUUGCUCCAGUGUUACGGCUUUGCUACUUGAAUUGUGAAACUGUUUGGCCCCACGCGGCCCUCCAACCUUAACUGAAUUACUUUUGCAGCUGUCAGUCAAUUCCUGUCUGAUUAGAGCCACUGAUACUUUUCUGUGUGGUUGUAACAUGGCAUUGUUAACAUAUACAUUUGUUUUGAUUGAAAAUAAUUGUUACAGUUGUAGUAUGGCUAGUAAUGAAUGUCUGUGCUUUUAUACAGAAAUGUCAUGAAUGAGGGUAUGAAUGUAAAUUAUUUUUUUAAAUGAGCAGUUAAAGAUGAUUAAUUCACAUUCAUUAAAACAUACAUUUAUUGUA